AUUAGCGGGGGGGUAAUAGGUAUAUCCGCACACCGGCACAGCAAUACCUACUGCAGGAAAGGUUUAGUUACAGUAUGCAGUACCUCUCAAGUUCUCCUCAUAGGAGAAUCAGAGAAGAAUAUUCACGGACUGCGUAUUUCGGAUCAUCUUCUUCACAAAUCGGCCCAUUGAAGAGCUCAAGGAGCAAUGCGUCGUCCUCUUCAUUCAAACGAUACAACGUGAUACUUCAUAGGGAAUUGGGGUCGAUUCCAAUCGACAACCUUGAUUUUGCAGGGGACUCGCAGAUGAUGAACAGAGAUGAGAAAAAACUGCUUCAGGAAGUAAACGGUCGUUUUGCACGGUUCAUAGAAAAGGUUCGUCGUUUGGAAAAUCACAAUAAGUCUCUAGAGAAGGAAAUCGGUGAUAUCAGGCAAAGUAGACAGUUCUCUUCUCUGGCACGGCAGUAUGACCCUGUGAUUAAAGAUUUAAGGAAACAAGUUAAUGACAUAUCGCAACAGAAUCGACAGAUUGAGGUAGAACUUGAUCACUUAGAGCAAGACUUGUACUCUUUACGAUCAAAAUGGGAACAAGAAGCUCAUUAUAGGACAAACGUUGAAAGCGGUAUUAAGACAAUGCGAACCCAUAUUCAUGACGCACAUCUAUCCAAAAUGGAACUAGACAAAAAAGCCAAAUCCCUCGUUGAAGAAAUACAUUUCCUAAAGCAAAAACACAAAGUGGAGGUAUCAGAAAUUUCGGCUCAAAUCCAGGAGGCUCAGCGUAGUACUGAAACGAAGGGUCUUGGAACAGCAAACGUCACAGCGGCUUUGACGGACAUUAGGAGGCAACUUGAAGGGCGCGCGUGUUCGGGCGUCCAGCAAGCAGAGCAAUGUUUUCAGGCUCAAAUGGUAAAAAUGAUGGAGGCCGCAGAAAUAAAUAGAAAAGCUCUAGAUACAACGAAGCAAGAAAUCGCAGAGUACAAGAAGCGGCUACAAACGAAAAACAUCGGACUUGAGACGUUAAUUGGCGCGAAAGAGGCUCUUGAGAAGCAACUGAACGUCCUCGAAGAAGACCAUGAUACAAUAGUCAAUCAAUACCAGCACACUAUUAGAAGGCUGAAGCUGGAGCUUACAAACUCCACGUUAGAGAUGUCUGGUUACUGUCAGCAAUAUCAAGAUCUGCUAAAUGUGAAAAUGGCUUUAGAUGUGGAAAUUGGUUCCUACAGGCAACUGUUGGAAGGAGAAGAAAUGCGGCUUCAUUCCUGCACCCAGGGCCCAGUGCCAUAUGUGUACAGACAAUCCCCUGUCUACACACUUCCAUACUUUACCAUCCAAAGGGGCCAGUGCUACAGGGUCAUGCCCCAGUACAAGUUUGUGGAGGAGAUCAUAACUGAAACCACAAGGGAAGUGGAGUUGUCCGAGACUGAGGAGACAGAGUCAGAGAGGUCUAGCAGCGAAGGAGCUGGUGGCGACAAAGGGAAGAGCAGCACUGACAGGGAGGCAGACGUGGCUGAGGUCGAGGUGACAACAGAGGAAGAGGACGCUGUGGGGUCAGAGGAAGAUGAAGAGGCACUGUCGGCUGAUGAUGUGGACGACACAGCAACAGUGUCGUCCGUAGAGGCGGGUGAACCUGAGGGAGCCGUUAUGGGGACCCAAAGCUGGCCCGAUGCAGAAGAACACACUAAGGACAAAAGGCCCACUACCAUUGUAAGAGACCAGAGUACUGAAACUGAGGAUAUGGCUGAAGAUAAACAUGUUGGAUAUCAGAGUAGAGACUCUUCCGGGAUCUUAGAGAUGGAUUUGAUAGAACCAUCAAACCCAGGUGGCCAUACUCAAGACAAACCCCAAGAAGAAGAUGAAAGAGAAAAAGGGAAGGAGCUGUCAGGGAUUGAGGAGACCCCCGAGAAAGAGACGUAUGGCCUCAUUAAGGUCAAGGGGUCAAUGCAGCCAGAGGCGGACAUUUUGGGACACAGUGGUAAAGAGAAAAAAGAUGUUGAGGUGAAACCAGAAGGAAGUCCGGAAAAAGGGACUGUAGAUCCUGGGAAGCUACCAGAUCCGUCUAGGUCAAAGCUUGCUUGCAGUCCAAAGUAUGAACCAGAUGCACCAUUAAUCACCAUUGCAGUGCCAAAAGACACCACAGAGAAUGGCUUGGGAAACCUGUGCAAAUCAGAGGACAUAAGCACUCCAACGUCAACUCAAAAAGCUACACCCAGAAUGAAAACCAACUCUGCAAAAGAGGAAACCACAUUUCUCCUUAAAGAAGAAAGUUCCGGUGAAAUUAAACUAAAGAAAAUCAGUAGUGACACAAAGGAAGAUCCGGGAGAGAAGUAACUGGACAGAGUUAUAGGUGGUAACAUAAAAGCAUAGAGGAUGCAUUGCUAAGGAGGAAGACACUGGCUUAAAUAUGUCCUCCACAGUGGAGUCGACCUCCACAGGAAAAAGCAUGAGCGAAAAAGACAGCAGGAAGAUGGAGGACCCCGUUCAAAAAAGAGUUGAAGAGAAAUUUAUCAAACGUAAGAGGUGUGAGAAACCAGCCAAACCAGCUGAACCAGCACUUAAGAUAGAGGAGGCCAAAGAGGUCAUUUGCAUGCAGGAACAUCCUGCUGACUAAGGUCAUAGAAAAUUCCACUGGGAAUCCGAUCACGGCUAAAACAACCAUGGUAGCACAAUCUCCCUGAGCGAGAUCUCCUGGGAGAGGAAGGCUAAUAGCAGGAAGCAUUACCCUGGGAUUUGUAACCGAUAUCCUGGCGAAUUUGCCUGAGUAACUUAAACACAGUUCAUAGUUGAUUUCAUAAAAGGAUACUCAUGUGAAAACCACUUGUCAUAAAGACAAAAAAAACAAAAAAACAUCACGAUGUACAACUCUACUGUUGAUCUCAGAAUAUGUACAAUGUACAGAUUCAUACAAUUUAACAUGUGCAUUCAUUUCUGCUGUGCAUGAGCUUCAAAAUAAAGCAAUAACUUGUCUUCCUCAGAAAAUAAAUAUAAUUAGAAUGCUGUAUGUUUCUGCUUGUGGUAAUGUUUGAUGUUUGAUGAAUAUUGAUUUUGUCAGGUCGUUCAUUUUUUAGAUCACUAAUGAUCUCACUUGUGUAUCUACCUACACUGGCAGUAAAAUGGAAUUGCCUGUAUAGUCAAGUAAAAUCUGUUUAACUUGUA